AUGGUCAACGACUCAAAAGUCUCCAAGCUCGACCAGACCUCAACCACCAGCAACAACUACAACACGAAACCUCCAACCAAGAAACCAACAUCCACAUAUAACUACUCAAUGGCUUCCACAACCAAUUUCGACGAGAUGCCCGCCCAGCGCCCCUCCCAGCUGCCUCCCUGCCCCGGCCCUCCCCCCAGCCGGCCUCUACCUCCCACUCCGAAGAGGCGCCUUACCUCGCCUUGCCUCUCCCUGCGAGUUGGCGAUGCAGCAUCAAGACGCUUGCCCCUUCGAAUCCGCACCUCGGCAGCGAUCCUACCCACACCGCACUCUUGCCUUUCCACACUACAGCAGCAACACAGCAAGCCGGCAGGGCCGGCUAGCUGGUCAACAGUCGAGAGCUUCGCAACCCCCUUCCAGAUUCUCAAUACGCUUGAGCAGGGGGUUCAGUUCCCAAACGGCUCAGACUACACAGGCUACACAAAUGACAACAUUCAUUCUGCUAUCAUCGGGUCACCUCUUGACUGGCUCCCUCCUCCGGCUACCGGCUCUCCUCGUCGCUGUACUAUAUCAGGCGCCUUUUCUUCAUCUUCUCUUCAGACACCGGCGAACAUUUUCUCAUAUUCUCAUUUAAUCAAUGAUGGCCUGCCCUCGCUCUUUUCGUUUUCGAGCAGGCGGGAUGGCAACGGAACGGGAUGGCAACGAGUUCUACGAGUUGGGAGGUUAACGGGAGUAUCUGUUAUGAAAUUUGGUUCGGGUGCGGUCCAGGAAGCCCUGCUGAUACUGGUUCUUGCAUCAUGGCGUCGGAGGAAUAGAGGGGUGUCCUGCCAUGGUGGAUACCCUCAAACACAUUGUUUCUCUGCCCUCCCUCAACGGGAUUUGGUGGACAACACAGUUGUGAUUGGCUUGUUUGGAUGUCGAGUGACGGUGAGACAUGUUGGGACGCAUGCCAGAGGUCCCGGCGGCUAUGAGGAAAUGCUGUUCUACUAG